UUAUCCUUCUGUCUGUCAUUCAUUGCAUCCAACCCGGCAUUCAACUGCGGUCAAGUCAGCAAAAAAAAAAAAAAAAUGGUUUGGACCUUGGUAGCUUUGUGUGUGCAGAGAGGAAAUCUCCUGCAUCCACCGGUAACGCGUUAAUAGCCCGUGUAUGGGCGGGCUUACGCUGCGACGCACGGUGCUCGAUCGAUUGUAAACUGGACUGUGUGCGCAUCACCAGCUCCAGUCCCAGCAUCUCUCUGCUCCAUCCAACACUCUCCUGCUCCUGCCCAUCAUCACCAGCCUUUAUAAUGACCUUCAGGCUGUGUCUUAGUUGAAUGGUCGCUGUGUAUCCGCCGUGGCUGCGCUCCUCAUUGUUGCUGCUGUGGAGGGAAUCGGAUACCUGCGCCGCUGCUGCUGCUGCUGCGUCGGCUUCACUGCAGAGUGUUUUGGGGGGUGACAGCGCGUCAUAGCCUACAUUUGGGUGUAUUCUGCUUGUGACAGUCACCAUGGCGAAAACAGUCUCACCGUCCAGUGCAAUAACAGGUGAAAAGAUGGCCCCACCAUCCAUCACUCUACUUCCCGACAAGAGAUCUCCAACAAACGGUCACAGCUCUCCAGUCCGAACUGGAAAAACUACUCCAUCAAACACAGAGAAGAAGCCACACAUGAAUGGACACGCUUCCCCUUCUCACUUAGCGGCUAACAUCAACAACAACCAUGCAGGUAAACAAAUCGUGGAAGGUUAUAUGAAGACGGACGACAGGAUGCGAUUAGCCAAAGAGAGACGUGAGGAGAGGGAGAGAAGCCUGGCGGCCAGGGAGCAGCUGAUCAGGGAGAAAGAGCGCAGGGCACGGCUGCAGUACGAACGCACAGUGGAGGAGCGCUGGAGGCGGCUGGAGGAGCAUAGGCAGAAAGAAGAGCUCAGAAGAGCUGCAGUGGAGGAGAAGAGGAGGCAGCAACUCGAAGAGGAGAGGGAGCGGCUGGAGGCCCUGAUGAAACGCUCUCUGGAACGAAGCCUUCAGCUGGAGCAGAGAACCAAACGCUGGAGCAGAGGCUGCCCUACCGGAGCAGGUGACAGUGAGAAUGUCCCACUCCCUUUCUCUGCUGCCUCCGCCUUUUCCCAUGGCAUUGCCUCCCCCCUUCCUGCUGUCAGCGAAUCUGCGCCCUGCAGCCCUCACAGGUCACCUUUCUGCAGCUCGCUGAACCCUGCAGAUCACAACAGAGCUGGACUUCAGGGUGGCUCUCGGUCCACUCCCAAUACCCCCAAGAAGGAGCGUCUGCGCAGAGACAGAAGAACUGCAUCCCCAGGUUGUGGAUCCCCUGCGAGAAGAUCUGAAUCCCCUGCUAGUGUUACCAAGCACUUGGCUUCCCCUACUACCUCCAAGCUGGCAUCAAAGAUGCGUGCCCAGUCUCCUAGCAAUGCACAUCAGUACCAUUACUCUCCUACAAGACAUCGUCCAAACCUGUCGAGUGAUGAUUGCAAAGCAGAAGAAAAGAAGGUGGAAAGACACAGUGAACAAUCCAAAGAUGAAACUGCAGUGAAAAAGAAUACCGACAACAACAGCAUGAAUACAGCCCUACAAGCGGAGAAGAAUGCAGUCAACGCUGAAACCACUCAACCCAAAUCACCUAAAGGGGAAACUUUUGAUAAGCCGCUCAAAGGUGACACAUGUGACAAAAAUCAGUCCCCUGACAUAAAAGACCACAUGUCUCCCAAAGUGGAAUCCUCAGAGAAGAAGAUGCAGAGCAAUGCUCAGGAUGCACACAAGAAAAAAGAAUCAGCACCAUGUGCGUCCACAGUGAAGGUGGCAGCUGGCACAACAAAUGCAGAGGAGGCUACCAGGUUGCUGGCAGAACGUAGGCGUCAGGCUCGAGCUCAGAAAGAACUGGAAGAUAAAAAACGGGAACUAGAGGAACAAGAAAGACUAAGAGAAGAACAGUUGAGGAAGCAACUCGCUCAAGAGCAGCGACAGCAGGAGGCAAAGACUCAACAAGUGAAGGAAAAGGCGAAAAAUGAGGAAGACCCUCAAAGGAUGAAAAAAGAAGAAGACAUACAAGAGAAAGAGGAGGAAGAGAAGGAGCAACAGAUGGACAAAGAGAGAGACAAAGCCAAAGUCCAGGCGCAAGAGGAUGCAGAACGUCAGCGGCAAGACAGAGAAAUGCUGACACAACAAGAAGAGGAGGAGAGGCAACUAAGAAAAAAGAGAAUUGAGGAGAUCAUGAAGAGAACUAGAAAGGGUGAAGCCGACCUGAAGAAGGAGGAAGAGGUGGAGACGAAGCCCGUCUUACCACCAGGUGAAGUAAAGCCUGUUCAGACUAAUGCUCAGGUGAACGAGCAAGCAAUCAAAAAGGUUAAGCUUCAGGUAAAAGAGCAGGUCACAGUCCAGGUCAACAGUGCCCUGGUGAAGAAAGAAGCAGCAGCAGCAGCAGCAACAGCACAGAUGGACAGUCAGAAGAGUCUGCAAGUUAAAAACAACACUCAUCAAGUGACACCAGCACACAGUGUUCCUGACAAGAGACCGGAAGCCAAAAAAGGCAGUGAAGAGCACGGCGGCCAGACUCACAAAGAGGGCAAUGCCGGUGUCUUAAAGCAGCAGGGAAGAGAGGUGGAAAUGAAUGUAAACAAGCAGCACAAAGCAAAUGUUAAAGCCACAGACCAAAUAAAUAAAGAGCAGACAAAGCUGGCAGCAGAUGCCAAAGUCAACCAAAAGGAGGGCGGUAUGAUGAAUGGAGCAGUGAAGGGUGAGAAAACAGCCUUGAAGAGUAGUCAUCUAACUGCUGAGGCAAGCAAACAACAAAGCCUGCGUGUGUCAACAGCUGAGGGCAAAGCUAAAGGAGGGUCCCAGGUGGAGGUUAUUAGACCCUCUGUGACAACCCUGCCAGUUGCACACCUAUCACCGCCAGUCAUCAAGCUGGAGCCGCUAGAUGUGAAGCGUUCGGGGUCUUGUGACGAGGUGCAGUCCAUGGAGGUCAGCCCGGCUUCAAAGGAGGAACUUAUUUCAAUCCCAGAGUUCUCACCAGUCAACGAAAUCCAGCCCAGCAGUAUGAGUAACACCCGAGCUCUUGAAGAUCUAAUGGACCUGACGGGCAGUGUCACCUACCCCAAACUGUCCUCUGAUGGCAACAUAGGUGACUGCAACAAGAACCUCAUUGAGGGAGUUGUUAGUCCCAUGUCAGACUCAAAGCUCAUUGGGGUGUCACCCCCGUCCUCAAACAAACUUAGCAUUAAAUAGUCGAUUAAUCUCUCUCGCUUGCCUUCUCUCUCUCUCUCUCUCUCUUUCUGUCAAACAUUCAUUGGGAGUCACUACAUUUAUGGGAAUAGAGCCAUAGAGAUUGACAAAAAAUAAAUAAAUAAACACAGAUUCCUCACUGGGUGCCAGUUCAGUCCCAGUAAUAAAACCCUGCUCAGAGCACUGAUGACUGCAUUUGUACCUCUGCCUUUCCACAUGCCCUCUUAAGCCUUUAAAUCUAAUUCAGUGUGUUGCUGGGAAAGGCAUGACCUAAUUUUUAAUACGUGUCCUUUCUAGGUAAUGUUAUUCAUGCAUGUAUUGGUGACUGAUUUGGCUGGAACGUAAUAGAUUUAUCUGGCAAACUAAAAUCCAGCAAGACUCUCAGGACCACUGCAGUCCUUCACCCUUUCUAACCCAGCAAGGUCUCAUAAUGGAAUUGUUCACAUUUUUAAUUUCAUGGCAAUGAGAUAUGAUUCCCUUUAUUCUUUUUUUUUUCUUUAACUGGGACUUUCUAACUGCACGUGAGUGAGGAUAAUGAUCCCAAAGCUAUCAACUCGAAUGUUAUUGCACAUU